CCGUCGACUUACUGCAUGCCACUCAGCUCUCGGGGACAAGAAAACGAUCUUGAAAUUGUGUACCCUCACCAAAUCGAAUCCAAACAUCAAUUUACAAUCCUUCACAAAAGUUAUCUAUACUACUGCGGGACCAUAAAAUAUGAAGCUAUUUGGCGAUCUCUCAGUACUUGCGAUUGCGCUCGCACUUUCCAGCGGUGUUGAAGCAAGAAGACCAAAAGGUGGGGCAGGCAGUACAGGAGGGGUCGGCUGGUCGUGUGAUUACCAGGGUGCCACGAAUGACGAUCUAAAAAAUGCCGUUUCCGACUUCGACAAAUUAUUCGGGACUAGGACACUACGAACGGCUGGAAAUCAAUGCUACUGGUCUAUUUGUCGCGGCUUUGCCUUUGGUUUCUGCAACUCCUCAAGCCGGACGCGGGAUGAGAAGAGUGGCGAAAGAGAGAAAGCCAUGAAUACAGAUCUUAACGGUGGGAAUUCUUGCCGCCUCUCAUUUCAACCAAUCGCCGACGAUUAUGUUGCAUACAAAUUUGUUAGGGAGAGCGACGUUAGAAUCUGCGAAAAGAAUUGCGGUCUUUUCAAGAAUGAUGUCAGGAGGUGCUAG